UUAAUGUUCUAAAAAUUUGAAUAACCAUUGUUGAACCGAUUUUACGUCAUGAAUACAUGUAUUGAUUCAUGAUAUUCUAGUACUUGUACUUUAAAUAGUGUUGUGCAAUGUGCAUUGCCGUUAAACACAGUAUGCAGUCAAUAAUCGAUUUAUCUUUGCGAUAAAAAUGCGAACGCUUCAAAUAUCGAGCGCAUUUUUAAUUUUUUUCUAAUAAAAUAGUGUCUUGUAUUUUAUCACAUUAUAUGUAUCAGACAAAUUUAUGCAUUAAUCAACCUACAAUACCGUACCAACAAAAUAAAUCAUUAUAUAUAUCGACCUGUCAAUGAUUCGAAGUCACUGUUCACUGUUCGAUUUUUGAACUUACGAGUAAAGUAAACAUUAAACAACUAUUCGGCGUUUGUUCACAGGUGGUGACUGUUGACCUUUAUAACUUUAUUUUCAAUCAAGAAUUUAACCGAGCAGUAAACAAAGUCAUUUGUUACAAGUGAACUUUAGUUUCGUAACUAGGAAUUAAAUUUUUAUGGUGUAAAUAACAAAAAUUAUAAAUGUCGCAUAGAUCAAGUUUUCAACUUAACGAUUUAUUUCCCAGAGAAAUAGAUAUCGAAGUGUGUUUAAAAACUCUUCGAAUAUAUCAAAAAUUGGAAGGUGAUGUGAACUGUGUAGUUUGGGAUGCGUCCUUAGUUCUCGCUAAAUAUCUUGAAACAAUGUGUUUUCAUAAACCAGAUUUUCUUAGCGGUGUUAGGGUUCUUGAAUUAGGCUCUGGGCUUGGUGUUGUGGGACUGACAGCAGCUACUUUAGGGGCCCAAGUCACACUAACAGACUUACCUGAAGCUCUUCCUUUGCUAAGAUUAAAUAUUGCUGAAAAUAAAUCAAAGAUUGCUAGCAUGGGUGGAUAUUCAAUUGCUGAGUCACUUGUGUGGGGUGAUAAAAAUUCAGAUAUCCACAAACAGGAUUUCGAUAUGAUUUUGCUAGCAGACUGUAUUUAUUAUGAAGAUGCUGUUGACACCUUAAUUGAAACUCUGAAAAGUUUGAAUGAUACUAUUAAUAAAAAACCAACAAUAUAUUUAACCCAAGAAUUAAGGGAUUCAGAAAUUCAGAAAAAGCUAUGGAAAUCCUUUUAUGAAAAGUUAACAGAAUAUUUCUAUAUUGAAAAAGUACCUGAAGAGCAGCAACAUAUUAAUUAUAGAAGUUCUGAUAUAGUUUUAUUAAAAAUAACCAAAAAAUGAUAUUUAUAUAGUUAUGAUAAAUGGUGAUGAACUGAAUGAAUUUAUGUUGACCGAAUUAAGUAAGACCUAUGGCUCUCUUUUAGUAUAAUUUAUUAUAUAUGUAUUAAUUAUGCAUUGUUACCCAUAAUUGGAAUUUAGACAUUUAUCAAAUAUAUUCUAUGCAAGUAGUCUAUUAAAAGUUUUAAUUAAAAUGAUAACUAUAUAAAUAAAAUAAAUUCAUGAAGAAAAAAUAACAUUUUUAAACUAUAUAACACCCAGUUCUACUUUUUUUCUCGUAAUUUAAAAAAAUAAUCAUGUAAAACACACUUGAAAUAGAUCUUUUUCAUAUAGACAAUAAUAUAUAAAGAACAACUACUUAAUAUUCAAAUAAGUUAUCCUAAAUAUGCUCAUAGUUUUAAAUUAUUAUUUAUAUAAAUAUUGAUUUUAUGACCGUACUAUUAUUAAAAUGUUCAUAUUAGUUUUUUCCUCAAACAUUCUUAAAUUGAUUAAUUUAAAAAAACAUAAAAUUGAAAACAUUUCUGCCUUUUAUAGGUAUAUAUUAUGAA